CACUCAGUCACACCACAAACGGAAAGCUCGUGCGGCUGGGUUCCUCUCAACGACGAGAAGCUGCUUUCCCACACAAUCUCUCCCGCUCGCUUCCCUCUCCUCCUCCGUUCACGAGACAGCAGCAGCAAUUGCCCCCUCCCCCCCGCGGACCCCAGCGACCGCCAACCCGGGACAGCAGCUCUCUUCGCACCACCCGGACCCCGUCCGAAUACCACCCCAAUUGCCCGCCCCCGCGUGCGCGCGCAAGACAACCAGCAGAGACCGGAGAUCGCAUCGGACAGAGACACCAGGCGUUUUCGUGAUAACCUCACCUCCCACCGGCAGCCAUGGCAGGCUACAUUGACUACUCCAAGACGACCAAGUCCAAGGGCUACCGCGGCUCUGGGUCGUUUGCGACGUUUAUGAUCAUCGGGCCAACGUGCUUCUUCCUCGGCAUCCUGUUCGCGUCGUUCCCGUACGACUUCCCGCUGCUAUGGUCCAAGGAGCCCGUGUCGGCCGACUACUAUGACCAGCUCGAGACGCACCUCAAGUGGAUGCACCAGGCGCCGCCGCUCAUCGGGCGCAUCCUCAACAUCAUGGUGACGGUGGGCUUCGGCGGGCUGUUCAUCAAGCUGUUCCGCCCGAGCGAGGCCAACUUCCUCUUCGACGGCGCCUCCCUCAUCCUCUACACCAUCGGCGUCGCCGUCUACGUGUCCAACAUCGUCAAGGGCCUGCGCGCCGUCAGCUCCGGCCUCUGGCACAGCGACGAGUUCAAGAACGCCAAGCCGCGCUUCGACGGCGAGUUCAUCCUCGGCCGCGAGGACAGCCUCAAGGUCCUGGCCGCCAGCAACACCAUCCUCGCCCUCGUCCUCAUCGGUGUCCUCGUCCUCCAGGCCGGCCAGUGGUACGCCGAGAAGCGCGACUCCGACGACGAGGCGGCGGCCGAGGCGGCGGAGAAGAGGGAGCCGUCGCCAGGCUCCAAGGCCGCGACCAAGAAGAACAAGUAGAUGGUGCUCUCCGUUCUUUUCUGUCCGCGUGUGUGCGUGGGGCACG